AUGGCCAUGAACACAGUCUUCCUUGGGCUGCUACAGCUGCUGCUCCUCCUCCUACCACCUUCCCUCCGCGAUUACCUGGGUGCGGAGCCGAGUGACCGCGGAGUUGAUCAGCAGCUCCAAGUCUACCACCCCAUAAUUUUGCAAGGUGGCUUCGGCUGCCCCAACCUGGAGGCGCGGCUCACCGACGCCUACACUCCGUCGCUACCGCGCUGCGGUGCGCUCAAGGGGAAAGGAUGGUUCCCGCUAUGGAAUGGCACAGGGGACCUGCUCAACCACCACUACAUGCGAUGCUUCGAGGAGCAGAUGAGCCUUGUUUUUGACCCUGUCAUCAACGGCUACGGGAACCAGCAUGGCGUCGAGACUCGCGUACCUUACUUCGGCUCCGCAUAUGGAUUCUCCUACAAGGACGAGACCUGCCCAUUUUGUUGUAACGUAAGGCUGCGCAAUGAACUGGAAGCACUUGGAUAUCGAGACGGAGAUAACCUUUUCGGAGCUCCUUAUGACAUACGACAUGCUCCACCACGGCCUGACAAAUAUUCACAGGUGUACUCUGAAUAUUUUGCUCGUGUCAAGGAUUUAGUGCAGAACGCAAGUGAAAAAAAUGGGAACAAGCCGGUUAUCUUCAUCGGGCAUAGCUUUGCUAGCAGGCUCAUACUUGACUUUGUGAAUUCGACUCCCCUUCAAUGGAGGAAAAAAUUCAUCAAGCACCUGGUUCUACUCUCGCCAACACCACAUACAGGCUUCAUGGAUGUAGUCGCGAACCUCGUUUCCGGACCGAGGGUAUUUCCUUUCCCGAAUGUUCCAAACCUUGCUUUGCGGCCAAUGUGGUGGUCUUUCGCAAGUUCCCUCCUAUCUCUGCCAUCCCCAAUGGUGUUUGGCCACGAGCCACUCAUAAUCACCAAACAUAGAAACUACUCGGCGUAUGACUAUCCAGAUUUUCUUGCAGCACUAGGUUUCAGUAUCAAAGGUGUGUCUCCCUUGACUAAAUUGCCUCCUCUUACGGAUAUGAGAGUUGAGGCGCCAAUGGUUCCGACAACAGUACUCAGCGGUUUUGGCAUUGAAACAACGAAGCAAAUGGUAUUCUGGGACGGAAACUUCGAUGUCUCCCCGGAACUUGUGUAUGGUGAUGGAGAUGGGGUCGUCAAUUUUAUUAGUGUGUUAGCAUUCACCAAGGAACUGGAAAGGCAACAUGAGUUGGAGAACAUACUCUUUAAAUUCAUCAAGAUUCCAAAUGUUGCGCAUGGUGACAUUACUAUUCAGGACCAUUCGCUGAAGAUUGUUCUCGAUGAAGUUUUAGAAGCCAAUUCUUGAAGAUUCACGUGAUAUACAUGAGUAGUCAUCAAGAGUAAAAGAUUCGAGUGAUUGUUGUAUGCAAAAUCUCAAUGGUUGUAGUUGUAAUGCUGCUAUUUAUCAAAUGUACUAUUUUAAUUUAACGGUUAUC